AUGUCUCAUUUGUCAAUUCCGUCCAAACGCGGCGGAUCCCCCAAAGAAGAGCCAUAUUAUACCGAUGAUGAUUUGGUCAUUCUCCAUGACAUUGUUGUUUUCGCGCAAGAAGUCCUACCCACCCUUAUACCCAAGGAAAGACUGCCCACCAGUGCACUCUUUAGAUCAUAUUACAAAAUUCUACCUCGAGUUGGAAUUGAUACCGACCAUGAUAGUCGAUUGGCAAAACUCUUGUCCAAAAUUGGCAACUUGCGAGAUUUCAAUGGCACACUUUUCGAGAGAUUCGAGGAAGUUUUGGCGCAAAAAGGCAUUACCCUUGAAUUCGAUACCGACACACACGAACAUCUACGAAGUCGCAAAGGCGCUUCCCCAGAGGUCGCAGAUAAUAAAGAAAGCGAUACUCUCUAUAACGACGAGAAUGAACCACCAUUACCACGACGCAAUUCAGAGAGCGGGGUUUUGGACUUGGAGAAUGCAGCUGAAGCUCAAGCUGAUGAGCAAAAACAUAAAAGGAAUAUGUCUUUUCCUCCUCUCCCUUUCGGGCCAGUCGCACCCGCCAAAAUUAAUGAGUUAAAGAGCUUCAUAUCAGAAGCUACACGCGCAAUAACAACGGAGCUUAUCCCGGUCCCAACACCGGAACCACCUAGAACCACACAAAAGGGGCGUCAAGAACGUGGGGUGAAGAACGUUGAAAACUGGCUACAAGCCAGUGAGGAUGGACCGCCUCGCAGACGUGACAGAUCAGUCUCGACGCAUAGCAGCAUUCGCACAAUAAAUCGACAACCAGAGAGUGUUAUCCAGAGGGGUCGCCCAUCUGGUCAAAUACUCUUGCACAAUAUUACAAAUGAACGUCAGGAUACGAGCGACGAGUUGACCACUACUUCAGAAGCUGGGGAACAAGACGCCAACGCUUACCUCCAUCCUAAGGUUCUUCCAAAAUUAUGUGGAUGGAUAGCUAGAGCAAGACUGCAUAUAGCAGCACGAAGGGCAGAAUUGGAGGCCAGGGCCGUGAAAUACGACACUGGAGCCCUCACACAGCAGGCAUUCUCAAGCUGGACCGAAAAAUUUCGCGAAAGACAAUUGUUGAGACGACAACUCAGUAAUGCUAAGGAACUCGCUGAACAUGCCCGACAAGUUCAUUUGACAGCCCAGCGGAGACUUCGGGAGUCGGAGGCGCGAUGUACAAGACUCGAAAAAAGAGUCGACGAAUACAGACGUGGACACCUCAGAGUGAAGGCGAUAAGUCACUGGGCAGAGACAGCUCGUGAAAAGGUGGGAGUUACCACCGUCGCAACGAAAUAUCUGACUGUCAACCGAAACUACAGAAACUGGAAAGUUAUAGCAGAAGAGAAAGAUAAGAAAAUCGAAGUGAACAACGAGGAAGCGCGAAAAUUCCAACUCGGGAAGUUUCUCGGCAAAUGGAGAGCGAAGAAAGAGGAAAGUGAUGCGAAAUCAAAUAUGGCUGCUCAACGAGUUAGCCAAAAGAAUGAGCAACGGGCUUUAUCAAAAUGGUUUAAAAAGGCACAGGUUGUGAAAAAAGCCAAUGAACUUAUAGGGGAUGAGAGACUACUGUCUGUGGUCUCCGAGUCCAUGGAUACCUGGAGAGAUAAGACGCAAAAGAAAGUUGGACUCAACGAGGAAGCCGAGCGUGCAAAUAAAACCAAGAAACUGGCAAAUGCUAUGCAGAAAUGGCGCCGUGAAGUUGGGCACGCUCAGCAAGAGAGAAGAGCCACAGAGAUUGAUCGUGCCAACAUUCUUGGCGACGCAACAAAAAUAUGGCGAUAUCAGACUAAGCUGAAAAAACAGCAAGCCAUUUCGGACGAACGUGCUGUCGCAGAAGCCUUCCAGACCUGGGAAUUGGAGACGAAACUGGUGACUUUCCAAAAAAAGAAAAGCGAAGAGGUUAAAUCCGCCUGUUUGGAAGUCUUCUUUGAUAGAGUCCAAGACUCACGGAGUAGACGCUGGGAACGCGAAGAGAUCGCUCGACGACAUGACAACAAGAAUGUGGCAGCGGACGUCCUCAGGCAGUGGUACAUGAAAAUGGACCAUCGUGCCGAAGUUGAAGCCCAAGCGGAAGAGUUCCAAGCACCACUUAUUUUAGGUCGAUGCCUUGAUUCCUUGCGCGAGCAGGCCCUGCGAACCGCAAAACUGGAGAAAAUGGCUAGCCGUGCCAGGUCUUUCUUGUUGGCAACGGUUGCAAUGAAAAGUUGGAGAGAAGCAACAGCGAGAUCAAAAAGAGAAAAGCGCAAAGUUGCAUACGCUUUAGUUCGAAGAAACAGAAAAGUGUGCAUAGGAAAGGAUAUGCUAUCACGAUGGCGCGGCAAGGCGCGAGAGAAAAUGGAACUGUGCGAGCAGGCACUACAGUCUGCCAACAACAAAGCAAUCAUCAUAGGGAUGGACUUGUUUGAUCAUUGGAGAGCCCGUAAUAAACAAAUGGUUGAGCUGAACACUCUUUGGGAAGAGAUGGUGAUGAAGAAGUUCUUCAAUAUGUGGAAGGGGCGUACUGGGGCAUUGCAAGCAUUGAGCAUCGAAGCAACAUUGGACUUUCAGGAUCGUCGCCAGACCAAAUCGGUUCGAAAUUGGAGCUUGCGGGCGAUGCAAGUGAAAAGUAUGAAGAACACUGCAAAAGAAGUGCACGACAAGACCACAAGAAAGAGACACAGAAAUAUAUAUAACUACUGGUACGAGCGAACCAUACAGCAGCGACCCAUCGUGGACAUAGGUACACCUCCUGGGACCUUCACAGCGGAGAAUUGGUCUGAUUUCGGCGAAGAAGUUGAUAUGGACGAAAUCACCAAGAGGCUUUACGCGAGAGAUCCUCCACGUAGGGCAACCGUUUCACUAAAGCCUUCUUUCGAUCCAUUAACUCCAAAGCCAGGAUAUAUGGCCACACCAUCUCGAAGAUCACAACUGCUUGCUGCAUCGGCGCGAUAUCAUUCAACUACGCCAAGAGCGCCAUUGACUACUCCACUUGAGCGACAAUUAAGAACGGGGAUUUAUGGGACAUCAAUGCCCAAUUCUAAAAGAGGACGGAGUACAUUAGGAAUGGGUGCCGGAUUUGAGGACAUACCUGAACGGUAUAUGAGAGCAGUGCUUCCUGGAAAGGCACAGGCCAAGCUUCAAGCUGUCUGUACUGGUUAUUGGGAUAGCAGGAGGCUCAUAGCCUAUAUCACGGGAAAUGCUUUUGUUAUACUCACUGGCGCAGACACGAUCGUACAAACGAUUUACGAUGACGACGAUACCCAACUAGAAGCUAUUGCGCUGGAUGAAAGUAGCGGAAAGAUAGCAACAUGUGCGGGAUCUAAUAUCAGGAUUUACAAGCCAUAUGGGCAGGAUGAAGGCGCGCUGAAGUGGUCUCUGCAACAUAGCAUUUCAAUCGAUGAGAGCGGACAUGAUACAGCAAGCACACUAUCAUGGGGGAUAUCAGAAGAACUGCUGGUCGGGAGCUCAUGGUUUACUUUGUUCUCAACAAUCGAUGCGCCGGUGGUGGUCUGGAAACAACAACUCGCGAAUCCGAUCAAGUUCGCCAACUUCUCGUAUGAUUCGGCAUUCAUCGCGGCUAGUGGGAAAUACGAUAGGUUCGUGAAAAUAUGGAGGAGAUUAUCAUUUGGGAAUGAUGACACAAGAUUCGAUUUCACCUACCUUCCACAUCCGCGGACAGUCACAAAUAUGCACUGGAGGAGGCCGUUCCAUGUCGAUCAAACAAUUGAUAAUGUAUUGUAUACGGUAUGUGCGGAUAAUGUGCUGAGUAUCUGGACCCCUACGGAUGUGCAUUCACUACAAAGUUUGCAACUUUGGGGACAGAUUAAUCUACAAGAAUCCAUACAACCGAGAGGAUUGGACGAGGGCAAGGUGUCGAAGCUAAGAUUUGCAUUCGUCAUUGAUGGGAGGGAUUUUACGUUUGCAACAGAACAUGCGGUGCAGGAGAGGGCAGCGAGCGACUCAAAGGAAGACCAUUCACUAGCGCAUCUAAUUGAGGUUGCAAAUCGUAAUCCGGAAAUUUGCGUUGUCUUGGAUGAACAUGGACAUCUUUCUGCAUGGGGCCUGGAAAACGUCGGGUCCAAAAUAAGACAGUCGACGAAUAUUUUCAAUAUUGCGCAUGUUGAUGGUCUGGAAUUGGGUCUACCAACGGAUCUAACCGAUGAUACAAGCUAUGUUCAGCUCUACAACUUCUGUAACCAGUCUGGUGGGAAUCUCAAUGUUCUGGUCCAUCAUUUUGAUGGGAAAAUUGAGUUCUUUGAAGCUGAUGUAGCCAACUUGUUUGAUCCUUCGCCAAGAUCACGUCGUCUCAAGUCGAAAGCUCUAUGGACAGGUCAUUCAGCUGCUAUCAAGAAAAUCGUGCGUAAUGUUAGUGGACGCGCAGUAGUAUCGCGCACAGAUGGCAACGAAAGUAUAGUUUGGAAGCAUAUGGAACAUGCAGGUGGAACUUCAGUAUUCCGCCAAAGCAUCAUCUCACAAUCUGAGCACGUUCAUAGGAUAUGCGUCAUGAGAAAGGGGAACUUCGUAAUAUAUCUACACCAUGAGCACAUUACACUGUGGGAUACUAGGCACUCUGCGGCAGUCAAACUGGCAGAUUGUAAAUUUUAUGUCAUGGGAAAGCCAUUGUGCAUCCUCAUGCUACCCGAGCUAAACAAGGAAGGUCCUGUUGCUCAUGUCGCUACCAUCACUUCUAAAAUGAAGGGCAUCGUGUGGGAAGUCAUGCUACCUCAAAGAAGGGGAAGCAUUCAGGUCAAUGGGUAUCAAGAAGCUUCUAUUCGCGAAUUUUGCCAAUUCGACCUCGGAGACGACGAUGAUCUAGCAUAUGUUUUACCAGUAGACCCAGCUGGAUCUCCUCCCGUUAUCUCGGGAUUCUUGGAUACUUUUGCAAGAGACAUCGCCAUCUCUUACACGCAUUCUGGACUGUUAAGGUCUUGGGCUGCCCGGAUUGACCCUGAAAAAGAAAAGGUUGAUUGGCUACAAACUUGCUCGGUAGAUACAGGUAUUAGCGAACCUGCUUUAGCCAGUGGAAGCUCAAUACGGAAAGCUGCUCUUGUGAAUUCAAGCAGAUCCGAGCUAACAAUCUGGGACGUCCGAGGUGCACAGCUUGAGUAUUCCCAGGACUAUGAAUCCCAAGAUACUAUUCAGGAUCUGGAUUGGACCUCAACGCCAGACGAUCAAUCUAUUCUUGCAGUAGGCUUCCGUUAUCGGGUUGUGCUGUUGGCUCAAAUGCGUUAUGAUUAUUUAAAUAAAGGGCCGGCAUGGGCAGCAAUUCGGGAAGUCAAUAUUCGAGAUUUGACACCUCAUCCAAUUGGGGACUCAACCUGGUUAGGAGGUGGUAAUUUCAUUGUUGGGGCCGGUAAUCAGUUGUUCGUUUAUGACAAGGAGGUUGACUCAUCAGCAGCAACUGUUCUACCUCCUCGUAAGACUUCUUGGGAUCUCUUCGACGCCGUUUCAAGAUUAAAUGGCCCACUUCCGGUCUACCAUCCCCAAUUUUUGAGCCAAUACAUACUUGCCGGGAAGAACUUGUUGGUUCAGCAUAUUCUAUUGGCACUGUACAAAAUUCUUAAGUAUUAUAUUGAGGGUGAAGCAAUCGACUCACACCUCGGAAUGAACAUCGAAGAUUUCUACGUCAACUCAGAAAUGGCGCCUUCAGCUAAUAAAGGGGUCAAAUCUACUUUCGAUGGCAUUUCCGGAGAUGAUGAGGUGGAGACGGUCACAGAAGAUGUUGCUGCUGCCAUAACCGAGAAAUUGACGCAGAUUGCAUUGCCUCAACUUUCGAGACAUGAACAAAUUCAUUUGGCUGAUAUUGUUGAAUGUGUCGCUAUUGUUGAACGUCAACGUAGAUCUAUGGAUGAUAACGCUGCAAGGUUUAUGCUCUUCUUUAGACAACAUGUUCUACGUCGUGGUCGUGCGAAUGAACUUGCUCUGUCAUGGAGGGAGAUCAAUUGGGCAUACCAUAGUCAUAGUCAGGAUAUCCUGGCAGAUAUGAUCUCAAGACAAUUCCAUGGAAGGAUGCUUUGGGAACAUGCGCGAGAGAGUGGUAUCUUCAUGUGGAUGACGGACGCAAAUGCCCUGAAAACUCAAUUUGAAACCAUUGCUCGGAACGAAUAUACAAAAAGCGAUCUCAAAAAUCCCAUAGAUUGCAGUUUGUAUUACCUUGCCCUCAAGAAAAAGGCGGUACUACAAGGUUUAUGGCGAAUGGCUGCGUGGAAUCGUGAGCAAGGAGCUACGAUAAGACUCCUAGCGAACAAUUUCUCGGAAAAGAAGUGGCGUACUGCUGCAAUGAAAAAUGCAUAUGCUUUACUUGGAAAGCGUCGAUUUGAAUACGCUGCGGCUUUCUUCUUAUUGGCAGAUUGCCUCAAAGAUGCUGUCAACGUGAUUUUGACUCAACUCAAAGACCUUCAAUUAGCGAUAACGAUUACUCGUGUGUAUGAGGGCGAGCAUGGACCUGUCCUUAAAGAGCUCCUUGAAGAAAAGGUUCUACCAUUAGCUGCGCAAGAGGGUAAUCGCUGGUUAGCAUCGUGGGCUUUCUGGAUGUUACAUCGUCGUGAUAUGGCUUCCCCGGUUUACACACUCCUCGAAACACCACAAUCACCUGAUCUUCAAGCCAAACUUUUCCUAACUGAUGACCCCGCUCUAGUCGUCCUUUAUUCGCAACUUCGUCAAAAGACCCUACAAACCCUACGUGGUGCAUCCAAAGUCACUCCAAAGGUCGAAUGGGCUUUUGUAUUGCACAAUUCGAGACUGUAUGAUCGCAUGGGCUGUGAUUUGUUAGCAUUGGAUCUUGUGAGAAACUGGGAAUUCUUGCUUCCAACCAAGCCAGAUUUUACGGGUUUCGAUGGAGAAAUAAACCCCAGAAAGAUGUUGAGAAGGAGAAGCUCACUAGUCGUGGCCGAUUUGCCCGUCAGUGGAAUAGGACCCGCGGCCGCGGAUAAGAAGGACGCAACGACUGGACAUGGCCAAACUCACAAGCCGCCGCCUACUGUUUUUGAGGAACCGGAGGUUAAUAGUUUGUUGGAUAGUUUCGGUUUCUAG